AUGCUGCCCAUCUGGACUGUCUUCCUGCUGCUGGGUACAGUAACAGGAAAGGAAAUCUGCUUUGAAAGACUUGGAUGCUUCGGUGAUGAGUCCCCAUGGGCAGGAAUUACAGAAAGACCCCUCAAAAUUUUGCCUUGGGCUCCAAAAGAUGUCAAUACACGCUUCCUUCUGUACACUAAUGAGAACCAAGACAACUUUCAAGAAAUCAUUGCAGAUUCAGAUAUUAUCUUGAGCUCCAACUUUCAAACAAACCGAAAAACCCGGUUUAUCAUUCAUGGAUUCAUAGAUAAUGGAGAAGAAAACUGGCUGGCCCAUACAUGCAAGAAAAUGUUUCAGGUGGAAAAUGUGAAUUGCAUCUGUGUAGACUGGAAAAGAGGUUCUCGAACUGGCUACACUCAAGCCUCACAUAACAUUCGGAUUGUGGGUGCAGAAGUGGCCUAUCUCAUGAACUUUCUGCAGUCAACAUUUGGGUACUCGAUGUCCAAUUUUCAUAUCAUUGGCCACAGUCUGGGGGCUCAUGCUGCUGGUGAGGCAGGAAGGAGGACCAAUGGCACCAUUUCACGGAUCACAGGAUUGGAUCCUGCUGAGCCUUGCUUUGAGGGCACACCCGAAUUGAUUCGACUGGACCCCAGUGACGCCCAAUUUGUGGAUGUGAUUCACACAGAUGCUGCCGCUGUUAUCCCCUACAUGGGAUUUGGAAUGAGCCAAACUGUGGGCCACCUAGACUUCUUCCCAAAUGGAGGAAAAGAAAUGCCCGGAUGUCAGAAAAACACUCUGUCUCAGAUUGUGGAUAUCGAGGGGAUCUGGGAAGGAACUCGUGACUUUGUGGCUUGUAAUCACCUAAGAAGCUACAAAUAUUACUCUGACAGCAUCCUCCAUCCUGAUGGUUUUGCUGGAUAUUCAUGCGCCUCUUACAAUGUUUUCAAUGCUAACAAGUGUUUCCCCUGUCCAGAUGGAGGCUGCCCACAGAUGGGUCAUUAUGCUGAUAGAUUUGUUGGGAAAACAAAUGAACUGUUCCAGAAAUUUUAUCUUAACACUGGUGAUUCCAACAAUUUUGCCCGUUGGAGAUACAAGGUGACUCUUACUCUGUCUGGAAGAAAAGUGACUGGACAUGCACUAGUUUCUUUGUUUGGAAAUAAGGGAAACUCAAAACAAUAUGAAAUUUUCAAGGGCACUCUCCAACCAGGCAGUACCCAUUCCAAUGAAUUUGACUCAGAUGUCAAUGUCGGUGAUGUCAUGAAGGUUAAGUUUCUUUGGUACAACAAAGUGAUCAACCCAACCCGGCCUAGAGUGGGAGCCUCCAAGAUCACAGUGGAAAGAAAUGAUGGAACACUGUUCAACUUCUGUAGUCUGGAGACCGUGAGGGAAGACAUUCUGCUCACUCUCACCCCAUGUUAG